UUGGAGGGAGCGGAAGCAGCUGGUGAUGCUGGAACAAACAUGGCUGCCCCGGCGCCCCUCGGCCCCUCGGGCUCCCGCGGUCCUCGGCUCUUCGCGGGCCUCCGGUGGCUUCCGCUCCUGGGGCUGCUGCAGCUGCUGGUGGAGCCCGGCCUGGGCCGCGUCCACCACCUGGCGCUGAAGAAUGACGUGAGGCAUAAGGUUCAUCUAAACACCUUUGGAUUCUUCAAGGAUGGGUACAUGGUGGUUAAUGUCAGCAGCCUUUCAGUGCCUGAGCCUGAAGGAGCCACAGACAAGGAUCUGAUUAUUGGAUUCAGCCUCGACCGUACAAAGAAUGACGGAUUUUCUUCCUACCUGGAUGAAGAUGUGAAUUUCUGUAUUUUAAGGAAACAGUUGGUCUCUGUCCCCCUUCUAAUCCUAAACUUCUCCAGAAGUGAAGUGAAAAUAAAAUCUCCACCAGAAGCUGGUACCCAGUUACCAAAGAUCAUCUUCAACAAGGAUGAGAAAGUCCUUGGCCAGAGCCAGGAGGCUGGUGUUCCCCCGGUUUCAGCGGGCAGCCAGACUGAGACGAAACAAGAGAGUGGAAAGUCUAAAAGAAGUACAGUGGAUGCAAAGGCAAUGGAAGAGAAAACCUUUCCUGUUCGUAAUAAUAAUGGGGCACUUUCAUUUUGGUUUUUCUUUAACAUCAGCACCAAUGAGCAGGAAGGCCUCUACAGUCUUUAUUUGCAUAAAUGUCCUGGACCUAAACUACAGUCUAAUGACAAGUUUUCAUUCAGCCUUGAUAUUGAGAUCACGGAGAAGAAUCCUGAGAGCUACCUCUCUGCAGGAGAAAUCCCUCUCCCUAAGUUGUACAUCUCUAUGGCCUUUUUCUUUUUCCUUUCUGGGACCAUCUGGAUUCACAUCCUUCGAAAACGACGGAACGAUGUGUUUAAAAUUCACUGGUUGAUGGCGGCCCUCCCCUUCACCAAGUCUCUUUCUUUGGUCUUCCAUGCCAUCGACUACCACUACAUCUCCUCCCAGGGCUUCCCCAUCGAAGGCUGGGCUGUUGUGUACUACAUCACUCACCUUUUGAAAGGGGCACUGCUGUUCAUCACCAUCGCGCUCAUUGGCACCGGCUGGGCUUUCAUCAAGCACAUCCUCUCUGAUAAAGACAAGAAGAUCUUCAUGAUUGUCAUCCCACUCCAGGUCCUGGCAAAUGUGGCCUACAUCAUCAUAGAAUCCACCGAGGAGGGGACGACGGAGUAUGCCUUGUGGAAGGAUUCUCUGUUUCUGGUGGACCUGCUGUGCUGUGGGGCCAUCCUCUUCCCAGUGGUGUGGUCAAUCAGGCAUUUACAAGAAGCAUCAGCAACAGAUGGAAAAGCUGCUAUUAACUUAGCAAAGCUGAAGCUUUUCAGACAUUAUUACGUCUUGAUCGUAUGUUACAUAUACUUCACCAGGAUCAUUGCAUUUUUCCUCAAAUUUGCUGUUCCGUUCCAGUGGAAGUGGCUCUAUCAGCUCAUGGACGAAAUGGCCACUCUGGUGUUCUUUGUUCUCACCGGGUACAAGUUCCGCCCCGCUUCAGAUAACCCCUACCUGCAGCUUUCUCAGGAAGACGAUGACCUGGAAAUGGAAUCUGUCGUGACGACGUCAGGGGUGAUGGAGAACAUGAAGAAAGUCAAGAAGGUGACCAACGGCUCGGUGGAGCCCCAGGGCGACUGGGAAUGCACCGCGUGAGGGAGCACGCUCGAGGCUGGCCCCGCGAAGAAGACACUUAAUUUAUUCACAGUCCUCCUGGUGAGCGAGAGCGGCGGCACCUCCCGACAGAGACACCACAGAGCGCAUGCUGGGAGCAGAGUGCCGCAAGCCCGUUUUUACUCUUCUGGAAACUCAUCUGUGGCUGGUCGUAGGCAGCUGGAUUUCUCCUUCAGGUGGGCACGCUGCAGAGGGAGUGUAGCGAGGAGGAGAAUAAAAGGAAGGCUUUGUUUUGAUUUA